UAAGCCCGGUGGCGCGCCUGUCUUGCAUCGGGAGCGCGCCGAGCCUCACCGGGGCCGAAAGCGAGCACACGCACGCACACACGCAAGAAAAGUCGCGACGAGGCCGGGACACGGGAAGGGAAGACGCACUCGGUUUUCCUAAAACGUCAGCGUCUGGAGCAGGCACCCCCGCCCCCGUUGGAUGAUAUUAUCUUUUAUAUUGUUUAAAAAGCAAUUUUUACACGGAGGGUGUCGUUGAGACGGUGCACCAUGUCGGGCAACAGGGAGGAGGAGCGGAGGAAACUGGCCGACAUCAUCAACCACUGGAACGCCAACCGGCUCGACCUGUUCGAGAUCAGCCGGCCCACAGAGGACUUGGAGUUCCACGGCGUGAUGCGCUUCUACUUCCAAGACCGCGUGGCGGGCAACUUCGCCACCAAGUGCAUCCGCGUGUCCAGCACGGCCACCACUCAGGACGUCAUCGAGACGCUGGCCGAGAAGUUCCGGCCCGACAUGAGGAUGCUCUCCUCGCCUCGCUACUCCCUCUACGAGGUCCACGUCAGCGGCGAAGAGCGUCAGCUGGACUUUGACGAGAAGCCGCUGGUGGUUCAGCUCAACUGGAAUAAAGACGACCGAGAAGGCCGAUUUGUCCUCAAGAACGAGAACGACAUCCUGCCCAAGAAGAGUCAGAGCAACGGACCGGAGAAGGAGAAGGACGGCGUGAUCCAGAACUUCAAAAGGACCCUGUCCAAGAAAGAGAAGAAGAAGGAGAAGAAGCGGGAGAAGGAGUUUGCGCGCAUCGCCGACGGCGACGAGCAGUCGCCGCAUCGUGACGACGGGGAGAACAGCCGCCUGGCCGCCGAGGUCUACAAGGACAUGCCCGAGACCAGCUUCACCAGGACCAUCUCCAACCCGGAGGUGGUGAUGAAGCGGCGGCGCCAGCAGAAGCUGGAGAAGCGCAUGCAGGAGUUCAUGAGCGGAGACGGACGCCCCGACUCGGGCGGGACCUUGCGGAUCUACGCCGACGGCCUGAAGCCCAACAUCCCCUACAAGACCAUCCUGCUGUCCACCAGGGACACGGCCGACUUUGCCGUGGUGGAAGCCUUGGACAAGUACGGCCUGGAGAAGGAGAACCCGCGCGAAUACUGCAUCGCUCGGCAAGACGACAAGUCCGGCAAGGAGGUGAUCCUGGACGACGGCGAGUGUCCGCUGCAGAUCUUCCGGGAUUGGCCGGCCGACAGAGGAGCGCUGGAGUUCCAAUUGAAGAAGCGACCGCCCGACUACCAGGGGAGGAAGAUGAGGAAAGCGGACGACAGAGGCCUGCAAGGGAAGGACGGCUUGCCGCCUGAAAAACUGCCUUAUUUGGUGGAGCUCAGCCCGGGGCGAGGAAAUCACUAUGCCUACUACGCCUAUCGGCAUCACGAAGACGGGUCCGACUCGCGGGACAAACCCAAGCUGUACCGCCUCCAGCGCAGCGUCACCGAGGUGGGCUCCGACUGCACCGAGGACGGCGCCAUCCAGCUCCCCGGCCCGGGCGUGCUCCCCCGCCACUGCAGCCUGACGCACAGCGAGGGCCUGGUGACGGUGACGCCGCACGGGCCCGACGCCGACACCUUCGUGGACGGGCAGCGCGUGGCCGCCGUCGCCGUCUUGCGCUCGGGAGCCACGUUGCGCUUCGGCUCGGCGCACGUCUUCAAGUUCGUCGACCCGCUCUACGACCAGGGCGGCAAGAGGGACCCCGCCGCCGCUAUGCGCGCCAGGCAUAAAUCCGGCAGUGUUCCCGAAACCAACUUUGACCUUCAGGGGGACAUCCACAGCGGGGCCACCUUGCCCGCCAGCAAGAGCUCAGGGAAGCUGGAGAUGGAGCGCGGGAUGGUCAAGCCCAUGAUCAGAGGCGAGCCGCAGGAUGCCAGGACUCAGGAGGAGAGGCCCGAAUUGACGCUGCCGGCCGGCAUAGAGUUCAGAGAAAACUCCGAAGACACGUUCCUGUCGGCCAUCAUCAACUACACCAACAGCUCGACGGUUCACUUCAAGCUGUCGCCCACGUACGUGCUGUACAUGGCGUGCCGCUACGUGCUGUCGCCCGCCUACCGGCCCGACAUGUCGCCGUCGGAGCGCACGCACAAAGUCAUCGCCAUCGUCAACAAGAUGGUGAGCAUGAUGGAGGGCGUCAUCCAGUCCAUGCAGGAAAGUCCUGAAGAGGAUCAGAAGCAGAAGAACAUCGCGGGCGCGCUGGCCUUUUGGAUGGCCAACGCCUCGGAGCUGCUCAACUUCAUCAAGCAGGACCGCGACCUGAGCCGGGUCACGCUGGACGCGCAGGACGUCCUCGCUCACCUCGUACAGAUGGCCUUCAAGUAUUUGGUCCACUGCCUGCAGGCCGACCUCAACAACUACAUGGCGGCCUUCUUGGACGACCCGGAGGAACACAAUCCCCAGAGACCCAAAAUAGAGGACGUGCUUCACACGCUGACCAGCGCCAUGUCGCUGCUGCGGCGCUGCCGGGUGAACGCGGCGCUGACCAUCCAGCUCUUCUCUCAGCUCUUCCACUUCAUCAACAUGUGGCUCUUCAACAAGCUGGUGACGGAGAGCGAGUCGGGCCUGUGCUGCCACUACUGGGGCGCCAUCCUGCGACAGCAGCUCAGCCACAUCGAGGCCUGGGCCGAGAAGCAGGGCCUGGAGCUGGCCGCCGACUGCCACCUCAGUCGCAUCGUGCAGGCCACCACCCUGCUGACCAUGGACAAGUACUCCAUGCAGGACGUCCAGAACAUCCACAGCACGUGCUUCAAGCUCAACUCGCUGCAGCUCCACGCGCUCAUGACCAACUACCACUGCGCUCCCGACGAGCCUUACGUCCCGCCCGAGCUGAUCGACCACGUGGUGGCGGUGGCGGAGAACACGGCCGACGAGCUGGCGCGCAGCGACGGGCGCGAGGUUCAGCUGGAGGAGGACCCCGACCUGCAGCUGCCCUUCCUGCUGCCCGAAGACGGCUACUCCUGCGACGUGGUGCGCAGCUUGCCCAACGGCCUGCAGGACUUCCUCGACCCGCUGCUCCAAAGAGGUUUCUGCCGGCUGACGCCCCACCCUCGCUCGCCCGGGACUUGGACGGUGCACUUCGAGGGCGCCGACUGCGACAGCCACUUCUCUGCCGUUGACAAUUCCGACAUGCCAAUGAGGAAAGAGCCGGAGGUGGUGACGGUGACCCUGAAGAAGCACAACGGCAUGGGCCUCAGCAUCGUGGCCGCCAAGGGCGCCGGCCAGGAGAAACUGGGCAUCUACAUCAAGUCGGUGGUCAAGGGAGGAGCCGCCGACAUGGACGGGCGUCUGGCGGCCGGCGACCAGUUGCUGAGCGUGGACGGACGCAGCCUGGUGGGCCUGUCGCAAGAGAGGGCGGCCGAGCUGAUGACGCGGACGGGUUCGGUGGUGACGCUGGAGGUGGCCAAGCAGGGCGCCAUCUACCACGGCCUGGCCACGCUCCUGAACCAGCCCAGCCCCGCCAUGGCCCGAGCCUCGGAGCGCGGGCGCGAGAAGAACGGCAAAAUGCGGCCCAAGAGCGAAGGCUUCGAGCUGUACAACAACUCGGUGCAGAACGGCUCCCCGGAGAGCCCGCGGGCCGGCUGGGACGCCUACCCCGAAGCCAAGAAGAUGAGCGGCGAGGACCGGCUCCUCAAGAACCGGGCCGACCACCGCUCCAGUCCCAACGUGGCCAAUCAGGGCCAGAGUCCCGCCGGCAAAACCGUCUAUCCUGCCGGUCCCGGCGCCAAAAUCACCUCCGUCUCCACCGGCAACCUGUGCGCCGACGACGAGCCUUCGCCCCCGCGUCCGGAGGCGUACCCCAUCCCCACGCAAACCUACGCCAGGGAGUACUUCACCAUCCCGGCGUCCAAGAGCCAGGACCGCGUGGCGGGCCCCUCGCAGCACUGGCAGGUCACGGAGGACAGGGAGCGGCUCCCCUCGGCGGAGGGCGUCCACAACGGCGCGCAGCGGGUCGACCGCUCUCAGGAGGACACGUACCCUCCGCCCGGGGUUCCGAGGCCGGACGAGCGCCCGCACCAACACUACCAGCAGGAAUACCAGCACCGAGACGUGGACUACCACAGGGGUCCUCCGGAGCACUGGGUUCCUCAGCAGCAGGUUUCAUCCUCGUUGGAGUCGUCCACGUCCAGCCAGGAGCACCUCAACUUCUCCUCCUCGUCCGGCAAGAACCAGAGGACGGGGCCGGGCCGCUGGAAGACGCCGCACCAGUCGGGGGCGACCCCGCCGGGGCCGCCGUCGCGCUCGGACUUGCCGCCGCCCCCUCCCCCGCCGCCGGCCUCCUACCCGGACGCCGCCUACGAUCCGUACGAGGCCCGCGCCGAGAUGCCUCCGCCGCCGCCGCCCGUUAACGCGGCCCAGCAAGCCGCCGACCGCAAGAAGCGCGAAGAGCAACAACGCUGGUACGAGAAGGAGAAAGCGCGUCUGGAGGAGGAGAGGGAGAGGAAGAGGAGGGAGCAGGAGCGCAAGCUUGGGCAGAUCCGCGCCAAUCCCGUCGUGCCCGUACCGCCUCACAACGGCGGCGUGCCGACGCACCACCCCCAGCAGCAACCUCCGGCCCCCGCGCACGCCUAUAGUCAGCCGCCUCCCCCCUCCAGACCCGAGAAGCUAGCCAGCCUUCCCCGUUCGGCCGCGCCUCCCUCCGCCAACCCCCCAGCGGCUUAUACGAACGAGCGUUCGGCAGGCGCCGACACGGUGAUCCGAGACCUCCUGCCCCAGCAGCAGCCCCGCACCAUCGAGCGACGGGACCUGCAGUACAUCACCAUCAGCAAGGAGGAGCUGACCGGCGACAGCCUCUCGCCCGACCCCUGGAAGCGGGACGCCCGCGAGAAGGCCGAGAAGCAGCAGCAGCUCCACAUCGUGGACCUCCUGGACAAGGAGAUCCAAGAGCUCCAGGGCAAAACGGAGCGCACGGCCGAGGAGAGCGACCGAUUGCGUAAGCUGAUGCUGGAGUGGCAGUUCCAAAAGCGACUGCAGGAGUCCAAACAGAGCGACGAGGACGAGGAGGAGGAGGACGACGAAGACGUGGACACCGCCAUGAUCGUGCAGCGGCUGGAGGCAGAGAAGCGAGCCAGGCAGCAGACUGCUGUCCCAGCUAUCUCUGUUCUAGACUUGUUGCAGGACGAAGAGCGUCGCCGCAAACAGCAGCUGGAGGAGAUCCGCAAGCGCGAGGCCGACGAGCGCGGCAAACAGGAAGAGGAGCGACGCUGGCGGGAGGACGAGAGGGCCAAGCGGGAGGCGGCGGCGGAAAAGAGGAGGCAGGAGGAAGAGUACUACGCCCGCCUGGAGGCGGAGCGGCGCCGGCAGCACGAGGAGGCCGAGCGCAAGCUGCUGACGCCGGACGAGCCGGCCGGUCUGUAUCGGCCCCCGCUGCCCAAGGACUACCGGCCCCCCGCCCCUUCCUCGCACGACCCUACUAACACCCCCCCGCCGCCCCCGCAGAGAAACGCCUCCUACCUCAAAACGCAGGCGGCCUCCCCCGACACCCUCUACACGGCCAAAUUCGUGGCCUACGCCGACGACGAGGAGGACGAGGAGGAGGGCGGAGGGCAGUCAGGUCAGCCCCCGCCCGCCCGCCGCUCGUACGGCGACCUCCCGGCAGCGGCGGUGGCGGCGGCGCCCCGGGCCCGGCCGCCGCCGCCCGCCGCGCGCAAACCCCGGCCGCUCUCGGACGGCGUCUUCCUGUCUAGUUCCUUCCGGCCGCCCGUCCGCAACAACUCCAACAGUACGGGGCCGCCCCCGCUCCCCGCCAAGCCCGGCGCGGUCAAAGGAUUUAAUUCGUACACUGGAAAGUCGGCAGGAGUUGUAGGAGCCGCAGAAUUGUAUAAGGACCCCCAAGACAAAUGGACCAAGAGUCAGGAGCAGGAGAACAUCCCCGGUGGCGGCGGCGAAACGGGCGGCGCCAACCCCGAGAGUUUGACGUUCAAGGAGCGCCAGCGCCUCUUCUCUCAGGGCAAGGAAGUGUCCAACAAGGUCAAGGCGUCGCGCAAGCUGAUGGAACUGGAAAACGAGCUCAACACCAAGCAGUAACUCCUGCGGGCCCCGCCCCUCUUUCCUCUCCCUCCCUCAAGCACUGUACAAACCUUGUCAUUCUAUUUUUCUUGUCUCUGUUGCGGGAAGGGAGGGAGUCGUCCCCCCCCCCCCCCCCAAUCGGAAGCUUUUAGCUCAGCGAGGUUUUAAGUUAGCUCUUUUUGACCCACUGAUAUUUUAUCGGACUCAUUUUUAAUUGGUUCCGUUUCGUUUUUUGUUUUUUUUUGGGGGGGGGGGGGGGGGGCGUUUUAGGAAGCCUCAAUCUCCAAGUGCACAACUUAAGUGUAAAUACUUUUCACUCGGACUACUGUACAAGCUCAAAAACACUAACUAUUAUGAUUAAAAGGUUUGACAUUCACUAACGUUGUUUUUAAUAAGUCCGUUUUUUUGUUUUGUUUUGGGAGCCGAUCAUUGGAGACGCGAAAAAAAAUAUAUAUUUUCCUCUUUGCGGACAAAGGAAGAUUUUCAGCGUUUUGUCGUUCACUCGCGCAUCACUUCCCGGUCAGAACGGAAGCCUGUUUUUUGUAAAUGGUUAUUAAUAAAUACAGAUUUUCCAACAA